AUAAGCGCUUAGAUGUAGAACUAAGCAGGGUUCUAAUCCAUAGUGGGUAUAUCUUGACUUUGCUCCUGCAGUAGCUCUGAUGAUACAAACCUUUAUAGUAAAAUGGAAUGCUCAGCGAGCUGAAUUAAUCAGAAGCAUAUACUAGAGAACUCUGGGUGAUCAUAUUUGUUAAAAAUUGAAAUAUUGUGUCGGGAUUCACGCACUAAACUACAUAUCUCGCUAAGAACUCGAUUAAAGCCAUUUUAGUUUACGAUGGAAAUGUUUUCCCCACGCCUCUGAAACUUGAUUGUUGGGCUAUAAAAUACGACUUCAUUUAUUCUAGAGGGCAGUUAUAACUCUCUCUCUCUAAGAGAGCAGUGAAAAAUCAGACAGCACAACAUCAACAGUAGCAUCACCUGUUCUUACUCAGACCACACUAGACAUACAGACUCGCAUAUAAUCACAAUUCAGUCACACACGCUAGGAUCCAGAAGUCGCACCCAGUCGAAACAAAGGACAGCCUCAAGCUGUUGGUCCUGCAUGCCGGUGCCCAGACUCGACGGUCCGACAGGAGCUGACGGAACUCUCAUACUUCUGUAUCUUGUGUGCAUCCCUUUUAUUUCUUUAAGUGAAGAGAAACUUCAGUAAAACUUAUUUCUCCUGAGAAGGCAGACGACAAACUCAAAUGCUGGCUACGGCAACAAAGUCAACAAAACUUGCUAAGUUUACAGCGUUGUUCAGAAAUGUUGGAAAACAAAGUCCUGUACAAAAACUGUUUUAAAAGAAAAAUAUAAAUACUGCAUCUCCAAGAUUGAUAGUCGGGCACCCGUCAUCAGAAACAUCCAGUGACUCGUGGAGUUCUGUUGCUGAAAGAGGCGCCACAGUGCCACACCUUUAACAGGGUGCAAAGUGUUUAAACCUACGGUCACGUGGAGUUCGGCAAACAACCCGAGCGCUGGUGAAUGUCGCUCGUGCUUUAAAAAAAAAAAAAAACUCAUAUCAUUACCAGACUGCCCAUGCUACGUCACCUACAUAACUUAUAAAGCUUAGAAACCUUGUUUUCAGGAUUGUCCAUGUUGCCUUGACACUUUUAAAGAGUUCAAACUUUUUCAAUAUUCUUCAUGCUACAUUCGUUUGUAGACUAAAAUUUUUACUCGGCAUUGUUCACGAGACGCUAGCUUUUAACGUGCUUAACGAUCUAAAUACUGCAAUAAUGCACUGAAAGUAAACGAGGAAAAGUAAAUGACGGUUCAAAAAAAAAAAAAAAAAAAAAACACAAAAUGUAUCUUAAAAACGAGACAACAAUAAAUUUGCAGCAGGUAGCACCACAAUAACUCGUAAACUAAAACUUUCUUCUCUUCCAAGAGCCUAUCAUGUGUUGCUCUGUAUCGAAGGUACGUGCUUGCUCUGACUGUGACUAGUUGCUCGGUCAAAAGAAGACACGUGACAAGUCCUCGGCGGUAGGUCAGAUAAGUGGAAAACUCUCAUCAUGUAGACGGUCCCCCCCCCCCACGCACACAUACACACCCCCGCUCUACCUUGACGCACACGAGGAGGAAAAGGCGCGCGGUUUCCCACACGUUUGGGCCGCCAGUCUGUUGGGGGGACGGUCAGGGAGAGGAUGACAAGAGGCGACACACGCUGGAGACAAGAGGAAGAGAGAGAAGUGAAUCUUGGAGCACAGAUGAGGGAUGUCACCGGGAUGCUGGCCAAGGCACCUGCAUUUCUGCUGCUCGUUCUGCUCCUCAUCCCUUCACGCACAGAGAGUCAACCACACUCAGCCUGUGAGAAAUUACGGCGAGAAAAAGAUGUGCAGUCUUGUCUCGACAGCAUUCGUAAGCGGGCCGAGGACCCCAGCGCCUUCUGGUUUGGCAGGGGCUACAACUCAAGCUGUCAAAGUCAGACGGAGUUCUUCGCGGACUGUUACAAUCCCCGCGCCGACAGCAUCGACAGUCUGGCCAGUAGACUGUCCCCCACUGGUCAGCUUGACUUCAAAUUGCUCGACCGCUUCAUGGACAUCACCUACCAAGUUUCAGCAGGCAAAUACAAGGCAUGUGAAAAUGAAUAUAGUUACGAGUUUGAAAGGGAGAUCACCUUAGACCCAUUGUCCCUCAGUGUGAUGACCCCCUAUGAGUUGCGCUUCAUGCCCAAGGCCUGGUGGCCAGCUGACACCAAGGACCUGCACACCCUGGUCUUCUACGACGCCGGCUACUUCGCCAUCAAGGCGCUGUAUGUCAACAUUCCCGCCAGCAGGCUAACAGAUGGAGAGGAAAUACAGCAAUAUGAGGGUCCGCUGAAUCCGACAAGAAACGAGAACCCCUACGUCUUUCUGGUAUUCAGCCAGUCAGGUCCAGUGGCUCUGGACUCCAAGUGGUCAAAGCAACUCGUCGACAAAACUAGUGGCAUUGACCUGGAGGAGUUCAUCAAGCAUCACGGCUUGAAAGGUCCUGUUGCACUCAACUGGGUACGGGUGUCCGGAGAUCCAUACGCUGCUGAAAUUACACGAAGUCGGGGUUUCAUGAAUACUUGCGCCCACUUCGUGUCGGAUGCCCUCAAGAAGAAGAACAUACAGUUCAUCCCAAACAAGACGUACUCCGGACAGUCCCUCCCUCUUAAUGUCUACGUGAACGUCACGUUCGAGGCCACGCCGACUUCCGUUAACUCCUGCUGCUCCGUCCUCCACUAUCCGGCCAGAACGUUUUCGUUGAAUCCUUUGGGGGACGCAACAGUGCUGCCUGCACACACCCACAGUGACGUCAUUGUCUACGUCACAUUGUCGAUGUCAACGGCUUUUCCCGACACGCAACGCGAUUUCAAAGACAAGCUCCUGACUCUAGUGAUGGCCGACCCAAACGUCCCAUUGCCGGAGUUCGGAAACGAACGGCUGCCCUUCCUUCACUGGCUAGUGGUCAACAUCCGGGGCGCUGACGUAGCGGCGGGUGACGUGGUGCAAGGAUACAUGGGUCCAGCGCCCCCAGAUCCCCAUCAUCAUCACUACUACUACCUCGUCUUUGAACAGCCGUACAAGUUGGACCCGGACCGUCUGGACUACUCGGCACCCAACUGCAGCUGGGCUUUCAGGGGGCGGUGUCGCUACGACGUGUCAGCGCUGGUAGCGGAGCACAACCUGAAGCUGUUGGGGGUCACGUGGAUGAGAGCGAGGUUUGACGAGUUUGUGCGAGAGGUGUACGUGAGAGCUGGGCUGUUGCCUCGCUGCGUGGCGUGUCACGGGGUACCCGGAUAUGCUGUUCCCUGUUCCUCGCGGGCUGCUUUCUCUCUAUCCGAGACCGCAUGCGCUUUGUAUCUGAUCGUGGCACUGACAGCAAGCCUUUGGACUUGAGGGACACUUCUCAGUGCAUUUCUUUAAUUUGUCUUCCUUCCUCACUUCCUUCAGCAAGGAGUAGGCGUGUAGGGAAGGUGGGAAGAAUGUUGAAAGUUCUAGGAGGAGAAAUAGUUGAAACAAUGUAGGACAAUGUUUACAUCCAUCCAUGAAGUGUUGAAGUACGAGUGGUUCGUGUAGAUGGAUAUGUCUGUCAACUGCAAG